AUGCAUGCAUUGUUCCUUAUGGUCCUGUGUGCUGCACUGUCCUGUGCCAGCUCUGACAGCAACCAAGACAACAUACAGACUCUAAUGGAUAAUGUUCUGGUCCUGAGGGUGCCUUAUGGUCAGGGUACCAGGGUAUAUGUUCCUCUGACCUGUGGAGAAGCUUAUCAAGACCAGUCGGUGUUUUGGAAGAAAAAUGGCGAGUCUCAGCCAGCUCUGCAAGGGAACCAAGUCAAUGUCCUGGUAGAGGAGAUGGAUGGAGGGAACUACACUUGUCACCUCGGCCCAGACGGAGAAUACCUCAACCACACCGUAAUCAUGAUCCAACUAGACCCAGACAACAGGACUGUUAUACUGGAAAAGAAAUCCCCUGAAGAAGGUCACAUCCACUGUUCAGCACUUAACUAUAAAGGCUCCUUCCAUUGCACCUGGACAAAAACAAAGUCCAGAUCCAACGCUGCUGUGCUCCUGGUGAAGGCAGAACGUUAUUUGGAAAAGAUUCCCUGUGAGCUGAAUGCCGAUGGAUCAGGGGUUCACUGCCAGGAUGCCAACUGCCCCUACAAAGAGGAACAACACCGCAUCUCCCUCACCAUUUACAUACAUAUCGACUCUCGCCUUGAGGCCUACACGAAGACUUUCUACCUUAGAGAGAUUGUGAGGCCUGCAAAACUACCUAACCUGCGCAUCAGUGAUGGGACGGUGUUCAGCUGGAACUACCCUGAAUCAUGGGAGAAGCCCUGCUCUUUCUUUGGCCUGCAGUUCCAGGUCAAAGUGGUCAAGGCGGUCAAAGACCCAAAACAUCCCUGUAACAGUGAAGGGCACAUAAUGGGUAACAUCACUGAAACUAAGUACGAGGUUAAUGUCAAAACCAAGAAGUAUGUUUUCUGUGUGCGAGCUCAGGACAAGCACACCAGUGGGCCAUUUGGCCACUGGAGCCAUUGCAUAGUGAAUAAAGAUGUUGUGACCUGCUAGCUUCUUUUACUGGACUGCAGCCAUAAAGGAAGGAAGACCACAAGGAUGGAAGAAAAAC